AAGAAAGUGGGGGAGAGGAUGGUGGGAGGGAGAGAAAAGAGAUAGAGGGAGAGGGAGAGAGAGUGAGUGUGUGUGCACCCAAGCUGUGUUCUGGCUAAUAUCUCUCUCUUGUUACCUAGGCAGCCCUGGGGGCAUCUGCCGUCGGGGCCGCUGCCCAGAGGAGGCUGUGUGGUAACUCUGGGUGCCCCUGCCAGCUCCCAUUAACCUCCAUAGCCUCAUCUCACUAACCACCCGCCUACCCUGCUCGCCUGCUCUCCUGGGGCCGGGGCCCCCAAGCCAGCGCUGUCCAGUGGCCAGUGACCUGGGGGAAGAGGGGCUCAUUUGUUCCUUCUCUCCACUCUCCCCAUUCCCCUCCGCAGCCACCAAGGUGUUCCAGGGAGUGAUGGUUUUGGAAGAGGUGGACGGCCAGGAACUUUUCUAUACCCCGGAGAUGGCAGACCCCAAAUCCGAGCUUUUUGGGGAGACAGCCCGAAGCGUGGAGAGUGUGCUGGAGGGCCUGUUCCGGAAUUCAGACGUCAAGAAGGACUUCCGGAGCGUCCGGAUGCGGGACCUGGGACCGGGUGGCUCUGUGCGCGCCAUCGUGGACGCCCACUUUGACCCUUCCACAUCCUUCACGGCCCUUGAUGUGAGCCGGGCCCUGCUCAAGCAGAUCAGAGCAGCCAAGAAGAGGGUCCUGGUAGUGAAGCAGCCCCUGGUGGACCACGUGAAGUUCAUGGACUUCGACUGGCUCCCUGUGCUGUUCACCACAGCCACCACCACCACCACCGGGACCACAGCGGAGGCCGUGACCCCCAGCAGCCACCCCCCACCUGCCAUGACCCCCCACACUCUGCACCCCGGCCACCUGG